AUAAAAUGGUGCAGUGUUUGCACAGACCUGAUGCAAAUUCUUCCUCAUACUUGAAACCAUCUCUAUAUUACUCAUAAGACUUUGGACAAUGCAAAUGACAUGUAAAUAACUAUUAUGGCUCAUUCAGUGAAUAAUGGCAAGAAGAAAGACUGGGCAUGUUCAGAACACGAGUAAUUUUUUCCAAAUAUUUCCAAUCCAUGGUUGACUGAAUCUGCAGAUAGAGCAGAAGAUGGGCAAUAUUCCUCCCAAAUGGCAUCUAUUUGUAGACUUUUUAAGAUUUGUGUUAUACCUAUUGACUUUGCUGAACAGGAAUAAUUUCAAAUUCACCAAUAUCUCAUUAUAUAGUUUGUCUUUGGAGUCUUAAGAUCUCAUCACAUCCCAGAAUUAAUAUAGCUGUCUCUUCCAACAGUGUCCUAGUUUUACCUUCCAUGCUGAGAGUGUUAAUCCACAUGGUGGACAUUUAUUUCUGUGUGCAUCUGUGCAUGGAAAGUGAAGAGCCAGCACCAUUUCUGCUUACAUGAGUUGGUUUCCUAGACCAUCAACUAAAUGGCCAAAUUCCCAACACAAGGGCUUCUCUUUGAAUUCCACCUGCUUACAGACCUGUCUCUGUAACAUAACACUUUAGUUAUUGUGUCUUUGUGGAACACUGCUUUUUCUGACAAACUUUUUAUUCUUCCACAUGAAUUUUCAAGUGUGUUGAGUUCCUCUCUCAGCCUUCAUCUGGACAUCUGAUCAUACCCACAUUGGAUCUGCCUGUAUAUUUAGAAGAAAGAAAUACUUUCACAAUGGGAGACACUGUCCAUAGGUUUAGUUUAUUAAUCAGAUUUUACUCUAUGCCCCAUAAAAUCCUAUGAAAGUUUUAUGCAUAGUUUCUCAAGUUAAUCCCUCGAAAAUGUAUAGUUUUUGCUGCAGAGUAAGUGAUUUUCUUAUUAUAAUCCUAGCUGGUGUUUUUGGUACAACUGGGAGAGAUCUUCAGCCACAGCUUCUACUUCUUAAAAUGGGUCCAUUUCUUCUUUGUGGGAGACUUGGAGACAUAAGUGCUCAACAGAAAGAUAUCCUGGGCUCACACCAGGCCUGUUUUCUCCAUACCCAACUCUUACACAGCAAUAUAAACAUCAUCAUCCCUUCUCCAUUUCCAGUUAUUGCGCAGGGCCUCCUGAAGCACAAUGCUGAAGGCUGGAUUCAGAGCAUGCGGCUCCUGGACCGUCUGAAUGUCUCAGGGAUGGCAGCCCCAGGGAUGGUGGGCUGGCUGAUUGGUGGCAUGAACUUCCAGCAGCAGCAAGAGAUCAGCAUCAACAUCACCAAUGUGCAGCUGGACUGUGAUGGAAUCCAGAUGGCUUUCCCUAAAGAGUGGUUCUCCGCAAACAUCACGCUGAAAUUUGACAUUGAAUUCCAACUGCCCUUCAAUUCCAAUAUCAUCAAAACUCAUGCCCGCAUGGGCCUUGCUUCAGAGUCCUGGCUGGAGAAAGAUGAGUUUGGCCGGAGGGAGCUGGUGAUGGGCAGAUGCCACAUGGAGCCCAGCAGUGAGGAUUCAUCUAUGUCCACUGAGGCAGUCCCACCCAAGAUGAAACAUUUUCUCCACAACAUCCAAGAAAGCCUGGGGAAGGUUAUCCCGAACCUAGUAGAAAGUCAGGUGUGUCCUCUGAUUGCCGAGAUCCUCCGACAGCUGGAUGUAAAGUUGUUGAAAGGCCUUGUGGAAAUUGGAAUUAUCUCGAAGCCCAUCAACCAAUAUUGGGUUUCCCAAUUCCCAUUCUAUAAAAGAGGCUGAUUCCUCAGUGGGAGACGUGG